CUGCUGGACUAACAGCAGACAUGAACACAGCAGGAGUACACCGCGGCUUCCUGAGAAAAUAUGGGGGCUUCAUGUUCAAGCAGUGGAAAGAGAAGUACCUGGUGCUGACAGCAGAGGGCAGUCUCAUGGUGUGUCGGGACGCAGACUCCACCAUCGACCAGGUGGUGGCGCUGCAGAGCGGCUGUGAGGCCAUCGUGGAGGGGAAGGAGAUCCUGGACAUGCCCAGGCUCCCCCCGGGAGCCAGGAGAGACUGCUGCUUUGCCCUCAUCCUUCCCCAGGACAAGUUCCUCCUGCUCCUCUGUGACAACCCAGAGGACUGCAGUCUCUGGCUGAGGUUGCUGAGGAAAGUGAGAGAGGGUGUGAUGUCCCCCCUCACUCUGCAAAGACAGCAGAGUUUGACCCCAUGCAUCACUGACCGUGACCCUCUUCCAGAAACUCCCAGUGAGAAGGACCCCCAGUCGCCCCGAGCCAUCGAGGCCACGCCCCACACCUCACGGAUUGCUGAAAGAGGAGGUUCCUUCAAGGAGCGAGGGCAAAGUUUUGGAAACGGAUCAAGACGGUCAACAAUAAGGAGCGCCUCCAUCGCCCCUCCUCACCGCACGUCGGACUGCCUUCGCCAUGGCAACAGCAGUGAUGCCCGGGCAGUCAGGGCGGUGUGCCUCCUAAUGGGAGGGGCCGCCGCCUCCUCAGCCCUGGGCUACCUCAACUCCUGCGCCCCCACCUCCCCUCUGGCCAGCAGGCCUCCAGAGCUGCCUCACAGCACGGUCUUCUCUGACAUGGCUGCCGGGGGGCCCUACCACGCCUGCAGCCAAGCCGCCGCCGACUCCCCCCACUUCAACAGCUUCGACUUUGAGGGAGACUCUGACUUUGACGCUUUUGAUUGCGGAGGAUUUGCUUUUUAGAGUUUAUCUUUGCUCUUUUUUUUUUUUUUCUCUUCCAACCUUUAAUACCGCAGACAUCCUAGGAAACGUGUCUGUAGCUGAACCUAAAGGAGCUUUAGGUUCCUAAAAGAAUCACGUGUUUCAUUACAUGUUGGUCUGUCUAUUAAUUAGUGAUAAUGUCCUUUCCUGGCAUUCUGCCCAUGAUCCUCAGGUUAAUAAAUGAUGACUGUCCCACACUUAAAGACCUGCAUUGUUUUGUGUACCCUAUAUACAUUCCAAUGUUUAAUUUGUAAUGUGAUUCUGAACCACAUAUCACCUGUCGUCAGUAAUGUGGUCUACAUCUCUGGAUGAAAAUCCAACACCCAUUUUGUAUUUUUCUAAUUCAAUAUUUAUUGUGUUACGUUAUUUCUGUGUGACAUUUCUUUGGCAUCGACAUGUUUUCGAGUCUCCUUUCUCCUGUUCUGUUGUUGAUCUCUCCACUCUUUACCCUCGGUCACCGUGACCACACCCCCACCCCCCCUGCUUUGAGAGGUAGACCUCUCUGAACUCUGAAUUAAAAAGCUGUC